GAGCAAUACUAGCUUCUCCUUUCAUUCUUUAAAACCGUUCCUCCUCGUCCUGUUCCCCCAUCGACUGUCCCACAGGCCAUCAUGCUCUCUUUCACUCGUCUUGCGUCUGUCGCGUCUCUAGUUGCGUUAGCAUCGGCACAGAACAACACUGGCACCUUGUUCAACUUCAUACCUGGCCUUGGCGCCUGUGGGUUGACCAACACAAGCGACCAGAGCGUCGCAUCGGUGUCUCAGACCAUCUUUAGUACCUUCCCCGGUGCUACCGCCAACCCAAACGAUAAUCCAAUCUGUACUCACAACGUCACCAUCACCUCCAAUGGUACCACCGUGACCGCUCAGAUCGUCGACUUCUGCCCUACGUGCGACGAGUUCAGAAUUGGACUCUCUCCCGGUGCUUUCGCGGCCUUCGCGCCCCCAUCGGACGGCAUCGUCGCAAACGUGACCUGGUCCAUCGAUUGAUUCUACAACCUUCUGCAAACGGAACAUAAAAAUCAACGGACUCUAAAUGGACUUUUGUUGCGAUUUUAUUGGACGCUCUUCUGUCUCGGAUUGGACAUUCAGGUUCGGUUCUCGUUGGUGCCAUUCUUAUUAUAGUACGACUUCCUUCUCCGCUCGGGGUUCCUUUGUGGCAGAUGAUCGUGUCAGGUUGGCAUACACAUACUCAGGCCGUGGAAUAUGACUUCGGCCCAAUUCUACCAGCCUGUGAGAUGUAGUAUAACAGUCGUUUGCCUACCACAAUAACAUAUGGUGAGACUGUCUCCAAGGUUUCGC